UGCGUGACUAACGCACACAGGGAGCAGUCGUUUACAUCACCGACGGGCAAAAAAAGUCUCAGGGAGGAGUUCAGUUCCAGCCUGCGUGCGUGCGAAAUAGAGAAAAACACCUUGACGCUGUAGUCUAUGUGCACGCCUACAACAUUUGGGUGAACUUGAUUGACUGGCUGCAACAACAACAAAAAAUACUGAGUAGCAGAUCAGCGGUUGCAUGUGAAUAAAACUGACAGCAGGAGAUUGGAGAUCAGCAGGCUUCGUUUACAGUGUGAAGGACGAGGAUGGACAGUUUGGAGGAGACAGAUCCCAGCAGCUCCCCUGAUGGGCCCAGGGCGAAGAGAGGCUUUGACCAGAUGGUGUUCGUCAACAGAAAUCUGACGCUGGAGAACAUCCAGUGCUAUGGGUUUGACAUGGACUACACGUUGGCAAUGUAUAAGUCUCCUGACUACGAGAGCCUGGGCUUUGAGCUGAUAAGAGACAGAAUGGUAUCUGUCGGAUACCCUCAUGAACUCCUCCGCUACACAUACGACCCCAGCUUCCCCACACGCGGUUUAGUGAUCGACAUCACAUGUGGGAACCUCCUGAAGGUGGAUUCAAAUGGGAAUAUUUUAGUCUGCAGUCACGGCUUCCGCUUCCUCAAAGGACCAGACAUUCACAACGACUACCCCAACAAGUUCAUUCAAAGAGACGACACCGACCGUUUCUACGUUCUCAACACUCUCUUCAAUCUUUCAGAGACUUACUUCUACACCUGCCUUGUGGACUUCUUCACCAGAUGCACCAGAUACACAAAGGACCCGAAAGGUUUCCAGCACGGCGAUUUGUUUAUGUCCUACAGAAGCAUGUUCCAGGAUGUUCGAGACGCCAUGGACUUCAUUCACGACACGGGAACCCUGAAAGGACAAACUAUCAAGAAUUUGGAGAAAUACGUUAUCAAAGAUCCAAACCUCCCUGUACUCUUGACCCGGAUUAAAGGGGUGGCCAAGGUCUUCCUCGCCACCAACAGUGACUACAGCUACACCAAGGUCAUUAUGAAAUACCUGCUUGAAAAUAAUACUAAGUCUGGAAGUUCCUGGCGCUCCUUCUUCGACCUCAUUGUGGUGGACACCAAAAAGCCUCUGUUCUUUGCAGAGGGGACGGUGCUGAGACAAGUGGACACGGACACAGGAAAGCUUCGGAUUGGGACGUACACGGGCGACCUCCAACAUGGAACUGUUUACUCCGGAGGAUCUUCAGACGUCAUCUGUGAUCUGCUGGAGGUCAGAGGGAAAAACAUCCUCUACAUUGGCGACCACAUCUUCGGCGACAUCCUCAAAUCUAAGAAGCGUCAGGGCUGGAAGACGUUUCUGGUCGUACCGGAGCUCACCAAGGAGCUGCAAGUGUGGGACCAGAAGAAAAAUCUGUUUGAGGAGCUGAAACGUCUCGACGUCUUCUUAGCUGAACUUUACAAGCACCUGGACAGCGACAGUCAGGAGAGUCCUAACAUCAGCGCCGUUCAGACGAGAAUGAAGGUGCUGACCUACAGGAUGGACAUGUCUUACGGCCAGAUGGGCAGCCUCCUGCGCAGCGGCCCCAGACAGACGCUGUUUGCCAGCCAGCUGAUGCGUUACGCUGAUCUAUACUCCUCCACCUGCCUCAACCUGCUGCACUACCCCUAUAAUAACCUCUUCAUGGCUCCCCCGCUCCUGAUGCCCCAUGAAUCACUGUCCCAAAACUCUGAAUUUGCUUCAUCAGAGGUCACCGUCACCAACAAUAUUGUCACGAUGAACAGAAACUAAGGUUAUUAUCAUUAUGAUGUACGCUCCAGAGGAAUCUUCUAAUGUUCUCCUACCUGUCACUGAUGAAGGUGAUCAUUUGCACCUGUGCUUGUUUAAAGGGUUUGUUGCAGCCAUGACGCGCCUCCUUUACAAAAACUAUUAUUGCUCCACUUAGUGGACAUGAAAUGCUAUUCCACGCAACAAGAGUUCAGGAUUCAAAGCUAAAGCAGACUCAGGGUUACUGUAUAUAUGAGUGUUAAUAUGUGUGUGCAUGUGCACUUUUGAUCUGAGGUUUGUGUAAUGGUUUUUAAGAAAUAAAUGUAUUUGUUGUUUGUGUGACCUCUGCUGAGUCAAUUCAAUGAAUCAUUCAUAUUAUUUGUUUUCAUUAAAGUACAACAACUUAA